CGCACUGGCACUGAUUCUUGGUCAGACCCCUCUGUCUUCGUUACCGUACAACUUACGACGUUCUGUGCGCGUUAGGUUUGAAAGAAAAUAUUUCACAGGCGCGAAACUAUGGCUACUCUACUUCCCCCGCCAAAGCGACAAAAGGUCUACCACGGUGUGCCAGAACCUGAGCCAGAGCCAUCAAAGCCCACGCCAAACGUCGUUGUGCAGUUUAUCUCGAAUGAGGAUGGAGACCCUUUGGCACCAGCGGUGAACCUGCCUGCAAACCUAUCGCGAGAAGCUUUGGAGACAUUGGUGAACAAAUUGAACACCAAGGACGGUGAACCUGUGCCAUUUGCUUUUCAUAUAGCCCUCCCUACAGGUACGGCAAAACCAGGCGCACCUACACAAAUAGCUAUCGCAAAGUCGAUUGAAGAAGACGUCCUCUCCCAUCCUUCGAAUGCUUUCACGCCUGAAGAUAUCCUUGUAGUCCGUUGCUCGCCACAAGCAGUCUUCCGUGUGCGUCCAGCAACAAGAUGUUCCUCAACGCUUUCCGGACAUACCUCUCCCAUUCUGUGCGCUUCCUUCUCGCCAACAGGGAAUCUUCUGGCUACUGGCUCCGGAGACUGCAACGCUCGCCUGUGGGACUUGUUUACCGAAACGCCGUCGCAUGUUUUAGCAGGACACAAAGGCUGGGUGCUCUGCGUGGAAUGGGAGGCCGUGGAGCGGAAGUUAGCGACGGGUGGUCAUGACGGACAUGUGCGACUCUGGGACCCGAAGGCAGGCAAGCCCCUCGGAGAUGCGCUGAAGGGGCACUCUAAAUGGGUGACAUCCCUGGCUUGGGAGCCCAUCCACAUAAAUUCAGCUGCACCCCGGCUCGCGUCGUCAUCCAAAGACGGAACCGUGCGUGUAUGGAACACCGCGACCAGGUUAUCAGAGUACACCCUUGGUGGACACACGGCAAGCGUCAACGUCGUACGAUGGGGUGCCGGUGGUCUGGAAGGCAAGGGUGUACUGUACACGGCCUCCAGUGAUCGGACGGUCCGCGUCUGGGACGCCAACGGUGGAAAACCAUUGUAUACCCUCAAGGACCAUGCGCACUGGGUUACAACGUUGACCCUGAACACCGACUUUGUUCUGCGUACCGGUCCGUUUGAUCACACAGGCAAAAAGCCAACGUCGGACGCGGAAGCCCAGUCUCUGGCCCUGGCGCGCUAUAACAAGCUUGUCUCACAAACAGGCGAGCUCAUGAUCUCGGGGUCGGACGACCACACGCUCUUCCUCUGGUCGGUAUUCCCUAGCCGCGCGGCGACCGCGGAAGCAUCCGUCGCCGCCGCCGAGCGUGGCGGCAAGCUCAAGCCUGCGUCACGGCUGACGGGUCAUCAGCGACAGGUUGCGCACGUUGCUUUCAGCCCAGACGGUAGGUGGGCCGCCAGCGCCGCAUGGGACAACAGCGUCCGGCUCUGGGACGGCAAGACCGGGAAAUUUGUAGCGACACUUCGCGGGCACAUCAGUGCCGUUUAUCGGCUGGCUUGGAGUGCUGACUCGCGACUGCUUGUGAGCGCCAGCAAAGAUACUACCCUGAAGAUAUGGGACUUGAAGACGUACAAGCUGAAAACAGACCUUCCUGGACACACAGACGAGGUUUACUGUGUCGAUUUCGUGGCCGAUAAAAUUGUGAGCGGAGGACGGGACAGGACUGUCAAAAUAUGGAAGAACUGAAGACGUGGGAUAUCUGCAAUGAGCAUAGUGAACCCUGGUAUGUGGCGUCGGGGUUCGAUUGUUGCUCUCAUCCCGCCUCGCGCGUUCUAUCUCGCUUUGACAGUGACGCGCUAAGCGGUGCACAGUAGUUGCCGUGGGCAGCUGUGGCUCACGUCGGGCGCCGCAGUCUUUAUAGAAUUCUCACAGUCGAUGUAUUGCAUGCGGUCGGCCGAGGCGAGGUUACUUCAGGUCAUUUCUGGCCCCGCGGAC